GCGUCCCCUCGGGCUCACUUCCGCGUGCCUCUCCACUGCGCCACGCGAGACGAGGAGGAGGAGGAGGAAGAAGCUCCUGGCGGUCUACAGCGGGGUGGACUCCAUCAGGGUGGACUACACAGACUCACAGACUCCAUCAGGGUGGACUCCAUCAGGGUGGACUCCAGCACGGCAGCAGUCUCGCCGUGAGGCUCUAGCGGUGUCGACUUGAGCUGCGACUGCGCAAGCUGCAGCCCACACGAGGCGCGUGCACAGCAGCAGCGUCAGCAGCAGCAGGAGCAGCAGCAGGAGCAGCAGCAGCAGUAGAAGCAGCAGCAGCAGUAGAGGCAGUAGAAGCAGCAGCAGUAGAAGCAGCAGCAGCAGCAGUAGAAGCAGCAGCAGCAGUAGAAGCAGCAGCAGCAGCAGUAGAAGCAGCAGCAGCAGUAGAAGCAGCAGCAGCAGCAGUAGAAGCAGCAGCAGCAGCAGUAGAAGCAGCAGCAGCGUCAGCAGCAGCAGUCAUCAUCAUCGUCACCACCAUCACCGCAGCAGCCUGUGUACACGCACAGCCCUGCAGGCAGCAGCAGCAGCAGCACAGGAUGUCGGCUUCACGUAGCCGAGCUGUCACCGACUGCAGCCUACAGGCAGCUGCACCCUGGCAUGGCGCACUGGGCUCGCAUUGCUGACGACUCGGACUGUGUGUAGAGCAGCGUGUUCCACCGUCGCCUCGCAGUGUGGUCUGUAGCUCGCACAGCAGCCGACAAGCCCCCCCCCCCCCACACACAGCUGGGCUGCUCCAGCUGAGUGGAGCCAGCCGCGAGUCGUCGUCCACAGCCGCCUCGUCCUCCUCCUCGUCCUCCUCGUCCAUUGCUGCUGCUGCUGCUGAACUUCCCUUGGUCAAGGCCAGCAGCUCGCGGCCCGGCUGGGCGGAUGACGUCGGCGAGCCACCGACCCCGGCCAGCGGGGAGGAGGAGGAGGCGGCCCGGCGCGGCCACAGCGAGCGGCCCCGUGAGUCGCCUGUGACGUCACCUGUGACGUCGCCUGUGACGUCGGCGAUGCCGUCCGCGUGCAGCGACGCGCCCGCGGUCGCCAGCGCCGAGAAGCCGCACCACUACACGUACCUGCGCGACUUCCGCACGGAGCAGUGCGCGCUCUUCACGCAGCACAAGUGCACGCAGCACCGGCCCUACACCUGCUUCCACUGGCACUUCGCCAACCAGCGCAGGCGCCGGCCCCUGCGCCGCCGCGACGGCACCUUCAGCUACAGCCCCGACGAGUACUGCACCGAGUACGACGAGACGGCCGGGGCCUGCCCCAACGGGGACGGGUGCCCCCUGCUUCACCGCACGUCGGGCGACACGGAGCGCAAGUACCACCUGCGCUACUACAAGACCAACAUGUGCGUGCACGCGUCGGACUCGCGCGGCCUCUGCACAAAGAACGGGCCCCACUGCGCCUUCGCUCACAGCACGGCCGACCUGAGGCCGCCCGUCUACGACAUCCGGGAGCUGCAGGCACUGGAGGUGCUGGGGAGCGGCCUCGCCAGCCCCAGCGACUUCCCGCAGCAGAUGACCGCGACGCAGAGCGCCAUGGAGCGCGUGCUGGCUGAGGAGCCGCGCUGGCAUGACACGAACUUCGUGCUGGGAGGGUACAAGACGGAGCCGUGCCGCCGCGCUCCGCGCCUCUGCCGCCAGGGCUACGCCUGCCCCUACUUCCACAACGAGCGCGACCGCAGACGCGGCCCCCGGCAGCACAAGUACCGGUCUACCCCGUGUCCACAGGUGAAGCACGGGGACGAGUGGGGGGAGCCGAGUCUGUGUGAGAGCAAGGACGCCUGCCUCUACUGCCACACGCGCACGGAGCAGCAGUUCCACCCCGAGAUCUACAAGUCCACCAAGUGCAACGACAUGCAGCAGAUGGGGCUGUGCCCACGCGGUCCAUUCUGCGCCUUCGCCCACGUUGAGAAGAGGCUGAGCGGAGGAGGGGAGGAGGACGCCUUCCCCGUGGGCUGGCCAGGAAAGUCGCCGCCCUGCGAGAUGCCAGGCAGCCCCCCGCCCUGCGAGAUGCCCACGCACGCAGGCAACGUGACGGCGUUUGGGCGCUCGCGCUCGGCCGACUGGGGCAGCCCGCUGUGGCCUCGCGAGGCUGCACGCAGAGCCAGCUUGGGCUCCCCCAGGGCCUCCUCCGCGUGGCGCGCCGACGAGCGGGCGUUGUUUGCGGAGGCCGGUGUGGUUGGACUCCACUCCCCGGGGCGUUCCUCUAUCCCGCGGGUCACCCUCCCAUCCUGCUACCAGGUCCCGUCCAUGCCGUCCCUGCAUGAGCUCUUGGGUUCAGCGCUGGGGUCUCUGGAGCUCGGUGAUUAUGGGGGGGGCGCGGCCGCGACGGUGGAGGAGGAGGAGGAGAAGGGGGAGACGGAGCGAGAGCUGCACGCGGCCCGCGAGGCCGGGGAGGGCGAGGGCAUCGGCGGCUGGAGAGGAGAUAGCGCGAGCGUGGCCGGGUCACACUCCACGUCUCCCUCCCCUGUCACCGACUCUCCGCUCAGCCCCGCGUCCUCCCGCUCGCUCUCCCACUCCAUCUCGUCCGCCGGCGCCUCCAGCCUCUCGGCGCACUCCGAGCCACCCGGCCUCCUCCUCGGCCACCGCAAGAACUCCGAGCCUGCGAGCGCCAACCACGCCAGGCCCCGCGCCAGGCCCACGGUGCGGGAACCCAACAACUUCCAAACACUUUUCCAAGCCGACUCGGAGUUGCAGAUUCCCAUCCCGUUGAAAUCGUCGAGCUUCGGCCACCUGCUCCAAAGUGGGCCCAGCGUCGAUUACGGCGGUCGAUCGGAGCCGCGGUUCCACGGCACCGGCCCACCGCGCGAGGGUUCGGAGCCGGCGUUCCGCGACCCCCAGCGACCGGGGUCAGGGCUGCUCGAUCGGUUGGAAUUUUCGGAGCGGGAAUUUCGGCCCAUCGGCCAGUGCGAGGACGUCUUCCCGAUGUUCGGCCCGCCGGACACGUCGUUCGACGCGUUUGGCCAGCCGGAGCUCCCGUGGUGCUCGUACUCGCCGCUCGAUAGCUGCGGCACGGCCGGCGGGGAGGGGCCGUACUUCCCGGCUCACCACGGCGGAGACGGCGGAUACCCCGGUGUUGGCAUCGCCGACCACGGAAACUUUGGGCUCAACGGGAGGCCCGAGGGACUGUGGGCCGGGCGGGACCGGGAGCCGCGCGGGGAGCUGAAGGUCGCGACGCUGGCGCAUGCUCACAAGGAGCUGGAGAGCGCCAAUCGCAAGAUCGGAUUCCUGCACGACGCGUGGCAGCAGACGCGAGAGGUGUGCAAGUGGUGGCAAAUGGAGGCGCAGCGCUCGGCCGAGGAGCUGCGCGGGGCGGAGCGGGCGUGCCACGCCGCGCGGCGCCGCUGCGACGAGCUGGAGCGCGAGACGGCGGCGCUGCGGGCGCGGGGGACGGCGCCCCCCCACCCCCCCGCCGCCGCCGCUCCGGGAGCCCGCCGAGCCGGACCGGGCGGCUCCGGCGGCGCCCCCGCGGCGGUCCCGGGGAGCCGGGCGCGUCCCGGGGACCCGAGCCGCGUGUCGCCGUCCCGACCGCGCGCCGCCCAGCGCCGGCUACGGGAGGAGCCGAGCGCCGUCGGGACGGCGCUGGAGUUGGCCACGAGCAGUGCGGCGCAGGAGGAGUGCGGCGCAGGGGGAGCGUGCCGGGGAGCCGAGGGGGCUGAGACGUUGGCCUCGGGCGAGCACCGCUCCCCGGCCCACUCCCCAGGCAGGGCGGCCGCCACCCCCAGCCAAACGUCUCCACAGCGCAACCCCAAGUAGCCCAGCCGGGACACACCACACACACAUACAUGCCAGCGUGACACACCAGCGUGACACACCACACACACACACAUCUGUGACACCACACACACACACCUCUGUGACACACCACACACACCACACAUACACAAACACAACUGUGACACACCACACACACACACCAGCGUGACACACCACAAAUACACACGCACACCUGUGACACACCACACACACACCUCUAUGACACACCACACACACACACCUCUGUGACACACCACACACACACACACCUCUGUGACACACCACACACACACACCUCUGUGACACACCACACACACCUCUGUGACACACCAUCCUGACACACCAACAACACCAAUAGCCAUCAUUCGCCACUAGGUGGCGGUGACAUCACCAUGGUGCACUCUGAGGCCACGUGAAAUGUUGAAGGCUCGCUGACAGGAGGUCACGGGACAGACCCAGGUGCCAUGGGUUGACUGACUGAGACGACUGGCUGAUGCACCACCUGUGCCCCCUACUGUGCCAACUUGCUGUGCUUUAGCCGCCCGGUGCUCCGCUCGUUGUUGUGAGCGUUGCUCCUCCGCCCUCCGUUGUUGUUGGAGGGCGACUGCCUCCAACUGCCCAUUAGCGUCCUUCACGAGGCCGAUCUUGACACCGCUGGUACCGGUCAUCGGCAAGUCCACUCAGCUCCACAUCCUUCCGUAUCGCAUCAGUCCAUCUUUCUAGCCUGUGCAGCGUCCGUUUAGCCCCCCCUCUAUCCGGCCAAACAGAAACUGCUUGGGCAUGCGGUGGCUGGGCAUGUGGUGGCUGGGCAUGCGGCUGUUGGGCAUGCGGCGGCUGGGCAUGCGGCGGCUGGGCAUGUGGCGGCUGGGCAUGCGGUGGCUGGGCAUGCGGUGGCUGGGCAUGCGGUGACUGGGCAUGCGGUGGCUGGGCAUGCGGUGGCUGGGCAUGCGGUGACUGGGCAUGCGGUGGCUGGGCAUGCGGUGGCUGGGCAUGCGGUGGCUGGGCAUGCGGUGACUGGGCAUGCGGUGGCUGGGCAUGCGGUGGCUGGGCAUGCGGUGACUGGGCAUGCGGUGGCUGGGCAUGCGGUGACUGGGCAUGCGGUGGCUGGGCAUGCGGUGACUGGGCAUGCGGUGGCUGGGCAUGCGGUGGCUGGGCAUGCGGUGACUGGGCAUGCGGUGGCUGGGCAUGCGGUGGCUGGGCAUGCGGUGACUGGGCAUGCGGUGGCUGGGCAUGCGGCGGCUGGGCAUGCG